AUGUUCAUACCUACCAUCAUCAGCACUGCGUUAACCAUACUGGGCGGUUCAGUUUGCUACAAAAGUUACGGUAUUUUCUUGAACGUCACUUGUUCACAAUCCAUCUCUCAGAUUUCAGCAGAUAUAUCAACCAAUCCAAAUUUCUGUUACAUUGCACCCUCACCUGCGGCUUUGGAUGCUGCUAGUUUUACAUUUCAAAAUCAGAGCCGUUUCUACGAAGUUGCUUCUAACAAGCUGGGUUACUAUCUUUCCCGGAACCCUGCCUGGAAGCCUGUUCAUUCACCUAUUGCUAUUUGCGGUGCAGUUUCAAAACUAACCGUCCCCGAGUACUGGUGUUCCACGUUUGCCCAAGCUUGCCUCGAUGACCAAGAAUUUCACAAUAUUUACCGCAUUUCAUCUGAUGAUUCAUCUAGGGCUGGUACUUCAUGCACUGCUGCCAUUACUUCGAUGAUCCCUUGUACUCUGCCACUUCGUUGCUUCUGA